AUCUUGUUCAAGGUACUAUCUGAUUUAGAAGAACGUGGUCAGUCGAUGGAAGUAGAUAUCCUUACCUCCACCAAUAAAAUAAUGGAACUCUUCACAAAUGAUGAAAGACACUAUCCCAAGUUGACCAAAGGCCAAUUUCUCCAAGCUACCUCCUGCAACUUCGUAACACCUCAGGAAGGACCUAAUUUGUAUAGAUUGUCACACAAGAGUAAGCUAUACCGUGCCCAAAUCUUCACCUCUCCCACAACCAUAGAAAUGGAGCAAAACUACUACAAUGCAGAUAUUGUUCCACUCUCUGAAGCCAUGAAUAUCAAAGAAUAUUCCCGAUUCUCAGUACAAGGCACAGUGAGUUAUGUCUCACCCAUCAAGACAUCAGAGAAAUCUGAACGAAGAGAUGUUGAAAUCACCGACCCCAACAACGAUAAAGCCAAGAUAAGAGUCACCCUAUGGAAGCGUUUUGUGAACAACAACAUCCAAGAAAAGCACAGCAUCACCAUGAAAAACAUCACUAUGAAGCCAUACAAGGGAAGACCACAAUAUAACUCAACACAAAACACAUCAAUCAAGGUUGAAUAUCCAAAAAAGCAACAUGAAAUCACCAUCUCAAGCUUCGAUCAACAUGAAAGCAAUAUGCUCCUGCUAUUUGGAGAGGACCAGACAGAGUACAAGAUAGAGCAGGACCUUCUCUUCACCAAAUUGCAGUUCAAUGAUCUAGAUGACCUUCAAGCAUCCCUACCUUUAACAAUCAGAGUCAGCUCAACCGAUAUCAACAUUGAUGAUAUCAAAACAGAGUAAGCAUUUUGUUAACUUUUAUACACAACAAUAUUUUCCCUCUCGAUCUUUUCUGCAAUAAAAUUAACUUCACAACAAAACCGCUCUUACAAUCCAAAUUCAAUAGAACUAUAAGAUUACAUUGUUUUCUUUCAUUUCUGCAGACUUGAUGAGGUACUGGAUGAAACCGACGAACUGGAUGAAACCGACCACCUCAAAAAACAGUAGCCCUGCGCACAGUCAGCAUCAACAUUCAAACACAAAACAGUUAAAAAGCCUGAUCUCAUGUUACCGAAAUAAAUCUACACAAAUAAUUCUCUCAUAAGUUAAACCCUUGCGCAUAAUUCUCUCUAAAAUUCAAAUCGCCAAAACAUAAUCCUUUUCUAUUUUUAUUAGCAUUUACAAUUCGUCUUGCUAACAGCAGCCACCAUGUAGUACCAUGCAGGAAGAAACUUGCCUAUUUGCUUUUCUACUAUCAAUAUAGUAAACAGCAGAUUUUCAGUGUUAGUACCCUACAAUUUCCAACUUUUCUGCCAACAGAAAGCAAAUUUUGCUUUUUGUCACUCUGCUCGCUGAUACAAAAUAGCCAUUUCUUUUUCUCAUAUCUCAAAAGCAAACAGUGAUUCCAACUUUCACAACAAAUGUACCAUCUACAUUUCUGCUUUUUGGAUACUAGAAAAACAUAUUUCAUUUCAACAUCCAAAAGCGCCUUCCAGCUUUUCUGCCUUCAAAGAAUCGUCCAUCACAUUUUGCUCAUAACCAUUUCGUUUUGGGAUGAUCCAACAUAUCGAGCACAAUACCCUGUUCAUCCUAUUCUUUUCAGUUCAUCAGUUAUAUGAAUUCAAAAUUGCAAGUGAAUCCAAACAUGAUGCAACUAAAAUCUUUCAAUUGCCCAGAAACGCAUGUUCAAAUCCCAAAAGAAGUCUCCACGAAACACCCAAUAAACAACUUAAACUAACUUGCAAAGACGCCAAUUGGAACGCAUCUCAACCUAAAUAAAACAGCCUGUGCAAUUUCCUAUUUCCUACUAAAUAUCCCAUUCAAUAUAACAGCAUAGGUAACUUUAUUUCUGUUUAGACAUCUUUAAUCUCUCCAAAAGCAAAUGUUCGUAAACUACACAGAACCCAUAAUUCCCUAAAAUCAGAAAACCAUUUUUCCACCACCUAAUUCUAAAAUCUCUUUCUCUACUAUCCAAAAAGCAGAACAUCAAAACAACACAUGUUAUAAAAAGUUGACUCUAUUUUCAAUUCUUCUAACAAAAGAAAAUCAGUUGCCAAAUUUCCAUUCGCCAACAAACAGAGCCAAACUGCAAUCUGCUUUUCUCAUGCUGAUUCCACACCAAAAAAGUCAACAUAUGCAUUAUCACAAUCAUCAAGUCUCCUUUUCAAGUACCACAACAAUAGAAAGUCAACAUUUGCAAGCUAAAAAAAAAAACCCAAAAAACAAUCUGCUUUGCUGCUAUUCUGAUAGCACAAAAGCAAAUAGCCACUUUUCAUCUAUCACGUACUACAUUUCGUACGGUAAUUACUUUAAUUCGAACAAUUUUUUCAAAACUCUUUUCAAUCGUAAAAAAAAAGAGUUGUUAAUACGUUAAAUUGAAGCAUUACUUCAGUUUCUAUACUUAUUUACCUUAUACCUCUAUAUCGUUUCUACAAACUUUUAUAUUCUUCAAUAUUAGAUAGUUCCUCUGAAUAUAAAAUCAAGACAAUUAACCCAACGUCAUUAAAGCUUGAGCAGAUUUUGUGAUUUUAAUAGUGUUUUCCUCUUCUUUUUUUACACCUUUUCAUAAGAGUAUUCUCGUUAAAGCAUUUUAUUCUCUACAGUUCACUUAAACAUUUACUUUUGUGUUUAUAGCUUUCCUAUUUUUUUUUACACCUUUUCAUAAGAUUAUGCUUGUUACAAACAUGCUAUUCUCUAGUUCACUUAAACAUUUACUUCUGUAUUUAUAGUUGUCCUCACUAUUUUUUUACACCUUUUCAUAAGAUUAUACUUGUUACAAACAUGCUAUUCUCUAGUUCACUUAAACGUUUACUUUUGUGUUUAUAACAAUAAACAAUCCUGUUGACGGGAAAACUUGCCUCAAAAAAUUCUCUGAUCUGUACCUGUCAUAACAUCAUCGGGAUGACUUCAAAAAAUGCAUACGGUAUGCAUAUUUCCUAAGCAUAAUCAAACCA